UGUGAAGCUCUGUCGGGCACAAAGCGGGCAGAACCGUUGUCAUUAAGUAUCGCUACAGCAUGUGGAUGUAAUCCAGCAGCUGCCAGCUGCCAGGCUCGGUACUCAACUCCAAAUCUCUCCCAUGACACAGCCAUAGAACCUCAUAGAGCAGUGCUUCGAAUGCGCAGAGAGUCUAGAAAACGGUCUGGUUCCUGCCGGCCCAAAAUUCACUGGAACGUUGUCGCUAUUAUAAGUACCUUAAGCGGGUUCAUGGCGUCAGAACGAAUCUUCGCAUCCCUUAGCUGCGAUGCCGAACAAGCAAACGUCUUAUCUAAUUCCCAGCUGUCGUGUUAUGAGUCCAAGGCAUGCAGGAAAUACUUCAGACACUCGGGCUCAUUGUGUCAAUGCCGCAGCCAAAUGGAUUCGCGGUGAGCUUAUUGGUAGAGGAACUUACGGCCGGGUCUACCUGGCUCUUAGUAUGACCACAAGCAAAUCGCAACUGGUUGCCGUCAAACAAGUUGAUAGUCCUCAAGUUAUCCGAGACGAGAGUGACCAGUGUCAGGCUACUUUCGUACAUUCUGUCGAAAGAGUAAGCAAGCUACUGGUGGAUCUGAACCAUCGUCAUAUCGUCCAAUAUCUCGGGUUUGAAGAGUGCUUUGUAGAUUAUUCAAGGGUUAUGAAUAUCUUUAUGGAGUACGUGUCGGGCAGUGCAUUAGGCUAUUGUCUUCGCGAAAAGGGCAGAUUCAGCGAGGAUGUCUCGAAAUUUUUCAUGCUCCAAAUACUUCGAGGUUUGAGAUACCUCCAUUCGCGACAAAUAAUAUACCGGAAUCUGAAAGCCGAUAGCGUCCUACUUGAGAGAGAUGGGAGUUGCAAGCUUUCUGAUCUAGAGUUUUCCACCAAGGCGGAUAAAAUACAUAAACUUCCGUUCACCAGCGUGCAACGGAUAUUACCUUGGAUGGCACCAGAAGUCAUCUGCCAUCAGAUGCAAGGGUACAGUGUCAAGGCCGAUAUUUGGAGUUUGGGAUGUGUUUUGUUGGAAAUGCUGACAGGAAAGCGACCCUGGUAUGAUGAUGAAUUAAUCAUGGUCACGAUCAAAGUGAAACAGAAUAAGCGCCCACCCAUCCCUCCUGACGUCACCUUGUCGGAUCUUGCAAUGGAUUUCCAGGAUUUAUGUUUUGCAAUCGAUCCUGACGAACGUGCAUCUGCUUCGCACCUGAGACGACAUUCCUAUCUUGAGCUUCCGGGUGGUUGGAGAUUUCAAGGUUUUAAUGGCUAGGGAACAUUCUUACCCUUUUCACGUACUUUUUUGUAGGCUUUCUUCCCCUCCUACGGACCAUGACAAGUAUAAUUGGCUGAGAGAGGAGCUACUUGUACGGGACUGGCACAGCGCAGAAUGCCUCGGUUCAACACUAGGACGAUACAAAUCUACUAUGUAGUAAAUUAACAUAGAGCCUUGAACAAACAAUUGGAGCCUGAUGUCGU